GUGCGGCUCGACGGCUGUAACUGACUAGGAAUAAAGACUUUUAGUUAAUGAAUUCUGAAGUAAUUACAUGAUUGCAGUGAAAUAAAAUGAGCAGUUUUGGGUAAUUUUCGUUUUGAGGGUUUCAGGGAUGUUGUCAAUCACAGUUUCUGUAGGGAAAUGUUGAAUGCCAGCCUGUGCCUGUCACCAGACUCGGCCUCUGGAGGUUUAAUGUUUAAUCUCUGCUCCGGCUUCCUGCUGCAGCGCCUCUGACUCACUUUUAUCAGUCUUGUUUUUACUUUGUGAAGCCAUUUUAGCACAGCCAUACUCACUAACAGCAAAUCAGUCUAUUCUCACAACAAGCAACACAGAAAAAUGACAGACCUUGGCAGACCAUAUUCAGAUGAUGUCUCAUUCUCACAAAGUGAAGAUUUCAACAGAGCACAUGCAGAGGAGGAUCCUUCUGAAGUUCACAAUGGUGACAAUCCUGAGGACUCAAGCUGCCCUUAUGAGCAGAGCCAUUCAGACAAGGAAGCUGAGAAGACAAAAAAAAGUGCCUUGCUGAAAUCUUGGACUGGUGUGUUUAAGAAAUGGAAGAAAACUGAUUCUGAAACGCAUUCCACAUCAUCAGGGGAAAUUAAAAUACUACCCAACGGCACAAGAUGUAGUCCACCUGUUUCUCCAUUGUUGGACAGAAAACAUUGGGAUACGCUUACAGGUGGCCUCAAGCCAAACUUCCCCCCAGGUUCAGUGGGAUACAAAUAUGACACACUUGAAUCUGAACUGACCAGUAUCCAUCCGGCAGAGUACUACGCUGAGAAGUUAGAGGUAUACCAGUUAAAAUACUCCUACCUGAAGUCUUGGCCCGGCCUUUUAAGACUGCUUGCUGGCCUUCAACUGGUGUUCGGUGGGAUGGUUUUCGCCUGUGUAUGCGCGUAUAUUCAAAGAGACAGUGAGUUUUCCAACUAUUACAGGCCAAAUUAUGGGAUAGCUGGUGCGCAAGGAUACCGUUACAGUGGCCCCUUGACAGCCUUUGUGUUGGUCAUUGUUGGAUUCUCAUGGUUACUAACCGUUAUCCUGCUGGUUUUGGGAUUAACAAUGUAUUACAGAACGAUCCUGCUGGAUUCCAAAUGGUGGCCUCUUACUGAGGCUGUUACGAAUCUGGUAAUUUCGCUGCUGUACAUGGCAGCGGGUAUUGUUUAUGUGAAUGAUCUGAAUCGUGGUGGGCUUUGCUUCAUGACGGUCGGCAUCAACCCAGUCCUGUCUAAUCUGUGUCGUGUCGAGGGGGGUCAGAUGGCUGGGACUGCGUUUAUAUUCAUUAAUAUGGUCAUGUACUUGAUAAGCUUCCUAGUGUGCCUUAAAAUGUGGAGGCGUGAAGCUGCCCGCCGUGAGAAGGAGGCCAUGACAAGCCAGCUGAACAGCCAGUUACAGCAGCAAACUCUGGAAUCCACAUCCAAUAUGGGCAGCUCCUCGACUAGAUCCAAGAAAAUUUCAUUCAGAGAUGAAAUGGAUCAAAGCACUGUGAAUAAGAGCAGACUGGCUUAUGUCUCGGAGAGAGCUGAAGAAAGAAAGAUUUUAACUGGAGCUAUUCCAACAGGAUACAUUCCUAAACCGAGAGUCGUCGCUGAUUAUAUUAUAAAAUAUCCUGAAGUUCAUUCAGUAGAGGACAGAGAGCAAUACAAAGCAGUUUUUAAUGACCAAUACCAGGAGUACAAGGACCUGCACAGGGAGAUCACAGCCACUUUAAUGAAGUUUCAGGAAUUAGACAGCAUGAUGAGACAACUCAUCAAUAACAGGAGAAACCCUGAGGAGAGUAAGAGAAUCAAUGGCUUACUGAAAAAAUAUGAUCAAAAAAAGAAUGACCCAUAUUUUCUGGAGAAGAAGGAGCGGUGUGAAUAUCUGAAAGGAAAAUUAAGCCACAUCAAGAUGAGGAUUCGUGAUUUUGAUGACAAUUACUAAAAAAAACAUUUUUAUUGUAAAAUUAUUAUUAUGGCGUCUCAGUAUGACAGUCCACCGCAGUACAGUCCACACUACAUUGCCCCAUCAAAUAUGUACACAUCUAGAAGUUUCUACUCUCCAAGAAGCGAGUAUGGCAUAUACUCUUCAGUGCCCGAUGCUCCUCAAACGGAGGGAACCCCUCAGCACUUCUACAGAUGGUUCUCACCUCCUGGCAUCGUGAAAACGAUGGAAGGACUGACUGCUCUGCUCUGUUUUGUUAUUUUUGCCUGUGUUGCUUCCACUCUAGUUUGGGAUAUGCACGGCUACGAGGGCAGUAUUGGGGCCUAUGUUGCUGGAUCUGGGGGUUAUGGGAUGGGGUCUGGGUACUAUGGAGGAAGCUAUGGCUAUCAGAGCUCUUAUAUGACACCCUACGCAGCAAAAUCAGCCAUGAUCUCCAUGGCAGCCCUUAAUUUCGUAGUAUCUUUGGCCAUCCUAGUGGUUAGUUUCUCAAAGACAUGGUGUGUGCAUGGAAAAACGUUUUACUUGACAGUUUUAGUGGUGGAUGUGGUUCUGGCGAUUCUACAGUGUAUUAUAGACAUCAUAUUUGUCAUUGGGGUGAAUCCCAUGGCCCAGAGUUCACAAAGCAUCAUGUACAACCCCAUCCUGAUGAUGUGCCAGACCUCAUUAGGGACUCCCAGCAUCAGUGCUGGAGUUGGAACAGGCUUCCCGGGUGCAUAUCCAUCCUUUAAUCGAUAUCUCUAUCACUACUGCUUCAUGGAUCCCGAGGAGGCUGUGGCUCUGGUAUGUGGGCUGUUUGUCAUGAUUGCCCUGCUUGUUGCAGCCUAUUUUGCCUAUAAGACUCGAAGCAAAAUAUGGCGUCAUGGCAAACCUAAUAUCUACUGGGAGGAACCACCUAUCCUCAUAACAGACAGGAGCCAGAAUUCACAAAUCUGGCGAAGCACUCAAUACACCCCCACUGUGGAUUUAUCAGAGAAGGCUUCCCCUCAUCUGAAAGCAGAGAACAGCUUCACCUCCUACACUGAAGGAACAGUGAGCGUCUACAGCGAGGGUGCAUACAAAAGCAAUGUGUAUUCUGAGAACGCGAACGCUUGCUCCCCAGAGCCGCUGUACCAGAGUCGGUGGAUGAGCUCCAACGCUGUGGAGGAGGUUGAAGUGCAGAGCAGCUCGGUGCAGGAGAAACCUGAAACGUACGAGGUUGAGGAUGUGCUCUGUGAGACGGGCUACACCACUGGUGGAGAUUCGGCCACUGAAUUAGACACAUACGAGUUGGAGAACUCUCAUUCAUUAAUUACAACUGAUGAAGAGCGCAGACAGUACAAGAAACAGUUUGAUAUCUCCCUCACUGAAUACAAGCACCUCUGUGCAGAAAUGGAUGAUAUCAGUGAUCAAAUGAAUGAACUGAGCCGAGAACUAGACACCCUCCAUGAGGAAUCCACCAAGUUCCAGGCUGUAGCUGAUGAAUAUAAUCGACUCAAGGAUCUGAAGCGGUCUCCAGAAUACCAGGCUAAGAAGCUCCGGUGUAAAAAACUGAGGCAGGAGCUGUGUCAUAUCAAACAACUGGUGAAAAAUUAUGACAGAAUCUUUGCAAGGAGAGAGAAGACUAAUAUUGCUAAUCACCAGGAUUUUUUUGUCUAAAUCUGUACACAUAAAUACAUACAAUGUAUACGUCUAGACUUUUACAAGCUGUGCUGAGUGAGAUGUGCUUGUAAAGUUG